AUGUCCUCACUAUCCGGUGAAGUUUCCUCUAGAGAUAACAAACUUGUCACAAGGUCCUCAAACCUGGAAAACCCUAAUCUGCACAGCUUGCAGAUUACAAGUGUGCUACUGGAUGAGUAUAACUUCAGAGAGUGGUCCGUCUCUGCAAUGCUGUUCAUUACCUCUCGUGAACUCACUGGCUAUUUGGAUGGAGACAAGAAACAACCAGAAAUUGGCAGUCCUGAAUACACCGUGUGGCACAAGGAAAAUGCCACAGUCAUGUCUUGGUUGYUGGCCUCUAUGACUCCUAGGGUGGCCAGAACUGUUCAUCACUUCCCUACAGCUGCUAAAAUUUGGGAGAAAGUAUCUAAGACAUAUGGCCAAAAAAAGAACAAUGCUAUAAUCUACAGGCUGAACCAAGACAUUGCAGCCCUAAGGCAAGGAGACAUGUCYGUGGCAACCUACUUUGCAACACUAAAAGGCCUCUGGGAAGAGCUUGACCACCACUUGAUUUUGGAUUGGGAAAAUGCCAAUGAUAAGGGGAAGCAUGACAAGCAGAUUGAGGAGGGCAGAGCCUUCAAGUUUCUGGCGGGUCUUGAMCCUGUAUAUGAAGGUAUAAGGUCACAGAUUCUAGGGAGAGAUGAAUUACCUGAGCUUCACCAUGUCUACUACUUGGUGAGGAAUGAAGAAGUUAGGAGAAAGGAGAUGCAAGUUGACUCCCAGACACAAUCAACAAAACUACCUGGAGAACAUUCAGCCUUGGUCUCCACUAAGGGGAAUAGAUUUUCAGACAAGAAGUCCCUCAAAUAUACCCAUUGUGGUGGUGAGAAACACACAAAGGAGAAAUGUUGGGUCUUGUACCCUCAUCUGAAGCCAGCUGCUCUAAGAAAGGACAAAAGGCAACAUAGGGCCACACAGCAAGUGGGAAUCUUGCCACCAACAACAGUAGUGACAACUCACAGUGUCCUCUUCCACCGCAAGGCAGGCUGCCGACUCCUCUGA